AUGUCCCAAAUGCAACUUUCACCGUCCGAUGACGAGCUCAACCAUGCUCCGCCGCCAUCAGCUGGCCCCAGGACAACCUCUCCGGCUGAUACCGCUUCCGAGCCCCACGUUUUAUCUCGUGGGCGCCGGUCAGUACAAACAACUCCUCGCACGCCAAGACGUCGAGGUCUACCCUUACCUCCACCGGCGAGGACUCCAGCUUCCUCGCCAGCGUCCUCCUAUCGUUCGGCCGUGCCAACGAUUCCGCCUAUUGGAAAGUGGACAGUCUUGAGUCUGAGACAAGCGCUGAUAAAUUCCGAUAUUCAGCCCUCGCGCAGGAUGACUAAAGCGCAACUUUACAACCUGUUCCAAGGCGGCCAGCAGGCCGGGAAAUUCUCGCGAGGCCCCGAAUUCGCCUCGCCUGACUCCGCCACCUUCCCGUGCAAGGUCGGAUUGCCGCGCGCUUCGGCCCGGGGCGCCAGGAUUUCUGCGAGCCUGGGUCGCGCUCCAGAUUCCACCGCCACGAGACCUCGCCCGCCUCCCGCUUCACCUCAGCUUUUCAACACUGUGCUUCCCGCUGCAGCGCCAUACACAGCUGGGCCCGCCGGCUCUCAUUCCGCUUCCCAGUUUUUUCCUCCUGCUGUUUCUAACCCUUUUCCUCUGCAGUGGCCUCCGGCUCCCGUAGCAGACGCUAGCGUGAGGUUGCCUCCGCUAGUGGUGGAGACUCAAACUUUCCACCAUUUUCCAGCGACUACGGCUAACCCCUCCCCUUUUCAGUGGCCUGCAGCCCAAGCAAGUGCAAGACCACCUCCGCUUGCAACACAGGCUCAGGCAUCUCAUCCAUUUCCUCCUUUUCCCCCUGGUGCUUUUCUCAAUUUUCCUUCUCAAACCCCACAGGCCGACCUAAGCGUGAGGUUGCCUCCGCCGAUAGUCGCAGCCCAGGCUUCUCUCCCUUACAGCUAUCUUCUAAAUGCCAAAUCACAAUAUUCUCUCUUCACAGCUACCCCGAUGCCAGUUCCACCAAACGCCGUCGCUCUGGAGCCUCCCCCGGUGACUCAAAACAUCCGAGCACAGAUUCUGGCAGAAAUUCAGGAUGCUGGCUCCAGAGGCAGACAAGCUACCAACUCCAGUACCUCAUUAUUCGGAAUUAAUAUUCCCAUAACCCACCCGCAAAAAUCCCUCCUCAACAUAUCGCUCGACACCAUUCUCCAAGCAGUUUCCCCCAGAACUCUCCAAUCCUAUGUGACCGCAUGGGGAUGUUUUAAAGCCUUCCACCUUUCUUACAACACGCCAUUCCCUGAUUUUUCCCUCCUUACAAUUACCUCCUUCAUCUCUUACCUUAACAGCGUUAAGAGCCUCCAAGUCGGGUCCAUCAAAAGUUACUUAAGCGGCAUCCAAUUUUUUCACAAAUUGAUUCACGGCGCCCCCUCACCGGAGAUAAAUAAUUCACAAACCUCCCUCUUAAUUAAAGGCAUCCAACGAUCCCAGCCCACCCGCCCGGACACCAGACAACCCAUAACGUUAGAUAUUCUUACUAAAUGCAUUCAUACCCUCCGCUCAGGCUACCGAUCCCUUAAUACCUCUCGCACACUCGACGCCAUGUUUAUUCUAGCUUUUUUUGGUUUCCUAAGAUGCUCUGAACUGGCUAUCACUUCCAGAUUCGACCCAAAAAUCCACCCAAACAUCUCAGAUCUUUCAGUGCUUGACAGCGAAACUAUCUCUUUUCUGAUCAAACAAAGCAAAACAGACCAAACCAAAAAAGGCCACUUCAUAUAUAUUUUCAACCUCUCGUCACCAAUUCAACCUUUCCAAACUAUACUAGCAUACCUCCAACUGAGAAACUCUCAUGCUAAAUUCCAUCUCGAACCCCUGUUCAUAGACGACUCUAACAAACCCGUGACACGCUUUUGGUUCCAAAAACACCUAAAAUCUGUUCUCCAACUAUCAGGCAUCCCAGCAGAGAAUUUCUCCAGCCAUUCCUUCCGCAUCGGGGCAGCAACCUCAGCAGCCCAAAAAGGCCUCUCCCAACAGCAGAUCCAAGCGCUUGGAAGAUGGUCCUCAGACGCGUUCCAAACCUACAUCAGAACUAAUCGUUUCCAUAUCAAAAAAGCCCACCAAAUCCUCAUCGGUUAA